CUCACAAUUCACAAGUUGUUCCUUCCAAAUUUCUCGGCACAAUCCCUUUGCCACUGCGUUCCUUGCAAGGUAGGAACUCGUCUGAGGAGCUUUUAGGAGCUCCAGUUUUCACUUCAUUCAGAUUCCUCCAUAUUAGAUUUGGUAUCUCAAUUGAUAAAUCUUGUGUUCCAGCCUGGUCCUUACGGAGUUUACUAGACGUGAGAAGGAUUUGCUUCAAUGGCAUGCAGAAGGUUUGCUGCGUGCUCAUUUCAAUCUUUCAAGCCUUACACAAAGAUUUCCGAAUACGUUGACCGGGUUCUCAGACCGAGUGUUGUUCUAAAUAAAAGAUACUAUAGAGAUGAAUCUCACAGUUUGAAGAGCGCCUCUGUAUGUCGUUUACAUAUCCCAAGUUAUGGCACACAUCGCAUUGAUACAUUUCUGCCCGCAUCGUCAGUGAAAUACUGGAGCACUACCCCUCUUAUUUCUCUUGGGAAUCUGUCAAAUUCUCGGUUUUAUUCAUCGGCUUCUAGUAGAAAAGCUGAUGUACCUGGAGAUACUGGUCCAGCAGCUUCUGCGGGUGUUGAACAGGAUAUCAGUAACCCCCCUGAUCUUGGAAGGGACUUGCUUGAUCGGGUUAAGGAUGUUUGGCAGAGUGCUGUAGAUGCAGCAUCUUAUACCGGGCAGAAGGCUAAAGAAGUGUCAGAUGAAUUGUCUCCGCAUGUAGAUAAACUCUUUGAUUCACAUCCAUAUCUGAAAAAUGUGAUUGUUCCCGUAAGUAUGACCUUGACUGCUACUCUUUUGGCUUGGGUGGUAAUGCCUAGGCUUUUGAGGAGAUUUCAUAAGUAUUCAAUGCGAAGUCCUGUUUCCAUACUAUCUGGAAGCAUACCUAGUGUGGAAAUUCCAUAUGAGAAAAGUUUUUGGGGUGCACUCGAGGAUCCUUUGCGAUAUCUUGUUACCUUCUUUGCAUUUUCUCAAAUUGGCAUGAUGGUUGCACCAACUGCAGUAGCACAGGAGUUUGUUUCACAGGCAUGCAGAGGGGCUGUGAUCCUUUCCCUUGUCUGGUUUAUCUAUCGCUGGAAAACAAAUGUGUUAUCUCGAGCCUUGGCCAUCCAGACUUUUGCAGGGCUUGAUCGGGACAGGUUACUUACCAUUGACAAAGUUUCAUCUGUUGCCUUAUUUGCUAUUGGAUUGAUGGCUUUGGCCGAGGCAUCUGGUGUGGCUGUUCAAUCGAUGUUGACAGUUGGUGGUAUUGGAGGAGUCGCCACUGCUUUUGCUGCAAGGGACAUACUUGGGAAUAUUCUGAGUGGCUUAACAAUGCAGUUUUCACAACCCUUUUCACUUGGAGAUACAAUUAAGGCUGGUGCUAUUGAAGGUCAAGUUGUGGAAAUGGGACUCAUGUCAACAUUGCUAUUAAGUGCUGAAAAAUUUCCAAUCGUCGUUCCAAAUUCUCUGUUUUCUAGCCAGGUAAUUAUAAAUAAGUCGCGGGCACAGUGGCGUGCAAUCACGAAGAAAAUUCCUUUGCAGGUAGAUGAUUUUAGUACAGUUUCUCGGAUAUCAGAUGGUAUUAAGAAUAUGCUUAUGUCUCACCCUAAGGUGUUCUUGGGCAAGGAGGUUCCUUAUUGUUUUCUCUCUCAAAUUGAAAGUACAUGUGCAGAAUUGACACUCGGUUGUAAUCUUAAAAAAAUGGGUAAAGAAGAUUUGUUCUCUACAGAGCAAGAUAUUCUCCUUCAGUCAGUACGGAUCAUUAAGGAGAAUGGCGCAACCUUAGGUAGCACCAUGUCAGAUUGGACGAACAAGUGACAAUGUACUUCAAAGAAAAAUAUUCACACUUAUGGGGGUCAAUCUUUUGCUAUUCCCACGUCGUUUCAAUGCAAGCAGUUCAGCAGCAUAUCUCAAUGCGAUUGGAAGAGCCAUGAAUUCGGUUUAGAAGAAAGCAACUCAUCCAUCAACGCGAAAUUCUGAACCACCCCAAGAAACUACCAUAUUGUCGUACAAAUCCUUUUGCCUGUGUUCUUUUUGGCAGCCUGGAAUAUGUGCGAGAGACCGAGAUAGCCAGAUUAAAAUGUCGAAUUUCCUGCUCGGCGUGGACACUGGCAUUUUUGUAAAGCUUCACAAGUAUUUUUUUGGUCAAAAUUUCCCUAUAUGAUGCAAUGGAUUUAGUUCCUUCAUGUUUUCACAUUUUGUGAAUAUUUUUCUUAUUUUUUGUGAAAUGAAACUAGCUAAAGGUUUGGCCAAGGGAGAGUAAAGAUGCUCUAAUAGCUUGUCUGAGAUCUCCAGCAAUCAAUUUCUUGGGAGGUAACCUCCAAAAACUAUCAUGUUGUAAAUCUAAAUGUGGUUCAAAUUUCUGAACA